CAUCUCACCACUAUGGAUUGAAGUGUGAAACCCGAAUCGUCCCCCUCCACUAGUCGACUGGCUACUACCUACCUACUAAAUAUCUGCUAAGGCUCAGAUAGAUACAUGCCCUAGCAGUGAUCAGGCACCCAGACGCUAAUGGGGUUUGAGAUGGAGGGACUAAACUCGGUGUGGUGGUGGGUAAUCCCGUGGAAAUUAUAUAGGGAUUACAAGGGACAAAUCUUCAAACGACCAACCCGGAUCAGUUGCAUCAUAUGUCUUCUAGUUGAUUUCUCGAUGGCUUUAGUCUUCAGCCUUAAUAGGUAUCUGUCUCAUCUGAUGGAGCAUCGGAAUGAAGGGGGAUCCCGGAUAGAAGGAUCCCUUUUUUUUUUCCGAGGGGAAAUAAUAAGGAACAUAAUUAUACAAUCAUAGGAUAAUAUCAAUAAUGGUCAAGGUAUAAAAUGUAAAAAAAAAGCCUAAAAGAAACAGUCCAAAGAGCUUCUUUCUU